AACCGUGUUCGUUGAACCGGGAGUCUUGAUUCGUGAGGAUAUUGACGUUACUACUAUCUUUAUCAUGUUCUUGUUGUGAAUCACACCUCGGUUCAUUACAAGUGGUAUUAUCCAGUAGAUCCUUUCCUUUCAACAAUGACCGGAGGUCCUUCCAUAGAAGAUGUUGAUGCUCACACAAACGAGCUGACAACUCUGAUUCAUGAACUCACAGAUCUUCAUCUCAAAGAAUCUGCAAGAUGUAUUGAAGCUGAAAAAAAGCAGAAUGAAGCAUUAAACACACUGAUCACUUUAGCUCAGGAAUCUAAGAAUCAAUUUAAUGCUCUUAUGGAUCACUUCAACACAUAUAUACCCCCUACUACCCCAGCUGUAACAUCCAUACCACCUUAUUCCUCUGUCACAACUCAAUCUCACGUAAUUAACCCACCUGAGAUUACUGAGGAGAUUGUUAACAAAGCAUCAGCAAUAGACUCAACAACAGAAGCUGUUGAUACCGUCAAUUUUGAUUUCAUCAUCCCCUUGUUUUUCUUUGAAGAAGAAGAAGAGGAUUUCUCUGUUGGGGUCAAUGUUCAACCUCAGCAAGUUAAUUGUGGGAAACUAAUGCAAUUAUAGGUAAAAUUACCUACAUCUACACUGUUGAUUGGUGAUUGUUUUAUCAUUCCUAUCAAUUCUUCUCGUAUUCUAUUUGAUCGUGGCAGAGAAAUUGAAAUUAUGAAGGGUUUUUCUGAUGUUCCUGGGAAUUAUAAGUCCCCUUCUCUUUCGAAUAAUCCUGGUUCCUUGGUACCUAAAUUGUGUUCGGUUAUGGUGGAUAAAUUUUAUCGGGAAUCUGUUUAUGGGAACGUUUUACAACAUGGGCAUCAAUUGGGAUGGUUGUUUGAGGACGCAAUGGUGUUUUUGUGGGUUAAAAUGAAAACAGACAUGUUGCUGGCUAUAUGUUUGAUAGAACGCCUGAGAGUGUAGUUUGGUGGUUGAACAAUGGCGGAAAUGAUUUUCUCUUGCAAUAUAAAAUGGGUAAGUUAAGCUACAACCUAAUAGUUGAUGAAUGUCUCUGCCUCAUAUUUGGUUCUGCUUGCGGAGUAUUUGAUCAUGGGAAGGAAUUUAAAAUCAUUAAUGGGUACUCUUAUUAUCUAAGUGACUAUAACUUAUGUUUUGCUUUACCUAAUUAUUUUUCGUUGGUACCUAAUGUAUGUUCUAUUCUAAAAAGUACUACAAUAGAUAUGGCUUUCAACUGCGUGUUGAAAUAUUAGGGAAAAAUGAAAUCUCAUUACUCUUGUUGGUAAGAAAAGUUGAAAUUUACAAGGUUUGUGAACUGUUUGAUCAGUUGCUUUAUAUGUGGGAAGAAGAAUCUUGAUCAGAUUUUGGUUUUUCAGUUUGGGUUACGUGGUGUUUAUUUUGUUAUACUGCGUAAAGAAGCUUAUCCGCCAGGAACUGAAGGGUUUACCCAAGUGACUAUAGUCGUGAAUUCAGGUGGUGAUCGUAUUAGACUCCACGACCUUGCUCUUAAGCUGACAUGUGGGCUACUCCAUAAAAUGAUUCACUUGAAGGAGUUUUGGUAUCUCCAGAUGCUCAUCCCUUCAAAUUCCACUGCAUUGAGUCUGGUUUCAGAAGAUGAUUCUUUUUGGCAGCUUAAAAUAGUCAAGGUGAGUGGCAAGACGAUAAUUAAUGAAAGUUUCAUCCUUAACUACUAUUCGGCGCAUAUAAUUUUUGAUCGUGGAAGAGGACGGAAACUCAUUAAAGGAUAUUUGUUAAUUGAUCGUGAGUAUAGAUUCAGUUUUGACAGGGAAAUUACUUCGUGCUCAUUAAUUCUUAAUGUGGGUUCAAUUUCAAUGGCUCACUACGAAGCAGAAUUGGUACAUGAGCUUAUUAAUAAGCAUGGAUUUACAUCAGAUUCAUUGUUUUGUAACUCAGUUUUAUUGGUGUUGGUUAAAAAUGUUGAUAACAAUUGGCUACUUGUCGAAAGAUGGAGUUUAACUGGUAGCGAAACUGCUGUUCUCUUCCGACUUCAGUCUGGUUUCCCUAAUGAUAUAGUAAUUCUACAUGGCGAAUGGUUGAAAGUUCAAGUAGGGGAACAUAGACAGGGUAAUGUGCUUCUAAUACCUUUGCAGGAAUUUAUGUACCUUCUGAUGCUUCUUAUUUCAAUUCCCACAGUUGUGACGGAUCAUUUGCGUCUCUCGGAUAUCGGGUUCUGUAACUCCAUGUUAGCUACAUCUGAUGUUUAUGAGAGUCAUCCUGUUCGUGAGAUCAUUAUAAUGGCAAAUUUUCAUUCCACUUCCACUAAUUUGUGUAGUAUAAGAAACUUUAGAUGGAAAUCAUGGAAUUAUAAGAGCACACUAUCAGUAAAUUAUGGAGUAUAGGAAAGUUUCGUGGUACUA